AUGGCGAAACCUCAAAAUAAGCAAUACAACUGUGAAGUAUGCUCCGUUUCUGUUAAGAACUCUAUCAACCUGGCAAAGCACUGCAUCAAAACCGGACACCAAGUCGACCAGUGCUGCAAACCAUGCGUCAGGCGGUUCGGCAGCAAAGAAGCGCUGUCGCAGCACAAGCUUGACAAACACGGAAAAACUCGCAAAGUCGUGUCAGCGCAUCCCCAAAGACAACCAAACAACAACACCACUGAGAUUCCUGCGGCUGCCAAACCAUACUCUUUCCAGGAUCAAAGCUAUGCCCGUUUGGUGUCUCCCGAUGCGAACCUCGUUCACCAUUUUCUGACUUUGGACUGCCAUCCCAAUGAGCGCCUCAAACGGGAGGGCUACAUCUUACCCGACGACCUGAACAGAGGGUUUAACAUAACCCAGAAGAACGCAAACAUUAUAAGGCAAAGCAUCGCUACACCGGCCCCGAAUGCGCUUUUUCCUAAGAGAAAGGCCGUUGCCCUCGAUUGUGAGAUGGCAGGUGUUCGAGGUGGGGCCAGUGAACUGGUAUCGACAUGCAUCGUGGACUUCUUCUCUGGGGAGAUUCUGUUGAACUCCCUUGUGAAGCCUCGACAGCAGAUACCUGAUUGGAGAACUCAAAUCCAUGGUAUUGGACCUGCCAAGAUGUCCAUAGCCGUGGCGCGGAAGGAGGCAUUAGACGGGUGGGAAACCGCCCGCGAAGAGCUAUUCAACCUCGCCAAUGCAGAUACAGUCAUUGUAGGGCAGUCUCUCCACCACGAUCUGAAAGUCUUACGAGUAGUACACGCCCGAGUUCUCGAUACCGCUAUCCUGACUUCCGAUGCCGCAGCUAAUCCGGGUGUACAUUCCGCCAGAACAUGGGGCCUACAAUCACUGUGCGCGGAUCUCCUAGGCCUGCGUAUCCGUCAUGCGACGAUGAAGCACGACGUAGUAGAGGACACUAUGGCGACCCGAGAGGUUGCGCUUUGGUGUAUAUCCUAUCCCGAAAAGCUACAGGCUUGGGCGGAACGGGCACGGGCGACAGCAGCGGCUCAGAAGUUCAAACGGCCAAAUAACAGGCGGAAGAAAACGAAAAAGACAAAGCCAUUGCCGAUUACUCGCAAUGAGGACCAAAAUGGGUAUCACUUCAUGGACCCAUACGGCUACGAUGAUGAUGAUGAUGAGAUUCUUCGUUGGGAGGACGUGGUGGACUGGGACACUUGGCCAAAAUCGCCUCCGUAUUCCGAUUGA